GACGACGCUUAAAUAGAUCUUGGUGAUGAAAAAAGUUUGAGAGAGAGAAAAAGAGACGGAUAAAUCCGUGGAGGUUAUUCGUUGUUCAUUGGAUUCAAUGGCCAUCGCUAACGUUUCAAGCGAGGGAACAACGUAUUGGUUAAUAUAAUAAUAACAUGACGUGUUCUAAAGUUUCGCAAAAUGUUUUUGUUAAAUAAUCUUAAAUAGUACUAAAAGACCUUUUUUUAACAAUUAGAUUUGAGAAGUGAUUACUACGGCUCAAAAGUUGUUCGCUUAAAGUUAGUUGGACAAAAUGGAACGCUACUUGGUAUUAGUUCUUCUCUUACUAUUAUCAUUGCAAAUAUGUGUCGCUCCACCCGUGAUUCAAGAUAAACAAGGAAACGACACCGAAGCUACCGAGCACCAAGACGAUUCAAACAUUGGUGGGCUGGAAGAUAUUAUGGAAUACCACCGAUACCUUAAAGAAGUGGUAAAUGCCUUGGAAUCUGAUCCAGAAUUCCGAAAGAAACUAGAAAAAGCUGACGAAACUGAGAUCAAAUCAGGCAAGAUAGCAGAGGAGUUGCAGUUUGUGUCGCACCAUGUCAGAAAUAGAUUGGACGAAAUAAAACGAGUUGAACUUCAACGCCUGAAAGAACUGAUGGCGAAGAAAAUGCAGUUUGAGCAGGGUGACUCAAACGACAUUCAUGAGGACCCAACUCAUCAUCACUUGGACCACAGCAACCCACACACCUUUGAAAUAGAAGAUUUAAAAAAAUUGAUUGCCAAAACCACCCAAGAUUUGGCUGAAGCAGAUAAGAAGCGCCGUGAAGAUUUCAAACAGUAUGAAAUGGAAAAAGAGUAUCAAAAAAUUGAAAAAUUAAACCACACUAAUGGAGAAGAGAAAGAAAAACUUGAGAAACAAUACAAGGAAAUGGAAGAAAAACACAAAAAACAUGAAAAGCUUCAUGAACCAGGCCAUAAAGCACAAUUGGAAGAGGUGUGGCAAGAACAGGACCAAAUGCAGCAGGAGUUUAAUCCAAAAACCUUCUUUCUACUACACGAUGUCGAUGGAAAUGGGCUUUGGGAUCAGGAGGAAGUAAAAGCCCUUUUCAUCAAGGAGUUAGACAAAAUGUACCAAGAAGGUGCCCCAGAAGAUGACAUGAGGGAAAGAGUGGAAGAGAUGGAGCGAAUGAGAGAGACAGUAUUUCAAGAGAUGGAUGCUAACCGGGAUGGAUUUAUAGACUUCAACGAGUUUAUGAGGCAGACCAAUAGUAAUGACUUCAAGCAGGACCAUGGGUGGCAGUCUUUAGAUGAACAAACUAGACCAUAUACUGAUGAGGAAUUAAAUGAAUAUAUCCGGGUCCAUCACCAGAGGAACCAAAUACCUCAACAUGGUUACCAAGUUCCACAUCCUGCUGCUUUCGAUUCACAAGCUGGGCAAGGUGUUUAUCAGCAAGUGCCGCCUGUUUACCAGCAAGGAGGGCAAUUCCAUCCAGGCCAAAUGCCGCAGAUGCCGCCCCAACAGUUGCCAAAUCACCCGCAAUACCAACAAUAUCAGAUGGCUCAAAAUCAUCCCCCAAAGCAGAUUCAACAGCAGUAUCAACAGAUACCUCAAAGUCAAACUCUUCAACAAGUAUCCCAACAGCAUCAUCAGGCAUCGCAGGGUCAACAGGUUCCUCAACAAGUAUCCCAAAACCAGCUUCCUCCACAGCAGUACCAAGCUCUGGAUAAUCAACAAUACCAAGUACCUCCAAAUCAACAGCACCAAGCUCCUCAUCAAGCUAAUCAACAGCAGAAUGCUCAAGGACUUCCUCUGCAACAUCAUGUGCCCAUUGCAAAUCAGCAACCUCAACAAGUUCCACAAAACAUUCCAGCCCAAAUUAAGCAAUUCUAGGUUUUAAGUAAUAAUAGUUUUAAUAAACUGUUGCUUCUCUUCCUCCCUAUGUCUCUCUUUUUAACCAUUUAUAAUUUUUUUUUACAAUAAAGUUAUAAUUAUUUCCUG